AUGGCUGACAAACUGCCUAAGCUCCUACGAAACACCGCCUCGCCUUUAUCCUUUUCUAUUCAUAAUACUCAUCUAUUUGAUAUGGGUAAUACUCAGUCUGGAAUAGGCGGACCUCCAGCGGGAGAUGGCGAGAAGGGCAAAGAUCAAAAGAAGGAAAAGCCAAAGUACGAACCCCCCCCACCGACUACUCGUGUCGGCAGGCGCAAGCGCCGUACCGCUGCCGGACCAGACGCUGCCAGCAAGCUUCCAACGGUUUACCCCAAUGCUCGUUGUAAACUCAAACUUCUCCGGAUGGAGCGUAUCAAGGAUCAUUUACUUCUUGAGGAGGAAUUUGUUCAGAAUCAGGAACAAGGGAGGGUUGGAGCAGAGGCAAGAGGAGGAGCGGAGUCGUUGCUACAGGCCCUGAGUACUACGUUUCCAUCAUGUCAUUUGUCGAUAAGGAUCUCCUGGAGCCUGGGUGUUCCGUUUUGCUGCACCACAAAUCGGUCUCGAUUGUUGGUGUUCUUACAGAGGAUUCAGAUCCUUUGA